UUUACUUCCGGCAGCAGGCGGUAGGGCCAUGGCUGCCCUUCUGCGAGCUGUGCCUAGGUUUUGGGGAAAAGCUGUGUGGGAAAGGCCUCUCCAUAGGCUGUGGUGCUGCAGUGGACAGGAGGAUCCUAAGAGGUGGGUGGGCAGCAGGUCACCCAUCUCGAAGGAGAAACCACCGAACGCAGAGACUGAGAAAUUCUGGAUGUUUUACCGUUUUGAUGCCAUCACAACCUUCGGGUUCCUGUCUCGACUGAAGUUGGUACAGACUGCCCUGACAGUGGUAGCUUUGCCACCAGGCUAUUACGGGUACUCCCAGGGCCUCCUCACUCUCAACACCGUGUGCCUCAUGAGUGGGAUAUCGGGCCUUGCCCUGACCAUGCUGUGCUGGAUGAGCUAUUUCUUACGGAGACUGGUUGGUAUCCUGUAUCUGAAUGAGUCUGGCACCAUGCUGCGGGUGGCCCAUCUGAACUUCUGGGGCUGGCGGCAGGACACAUACUGUCCCAUGGCAGAUGUGAUUCCCCUGACGGAAACCAAGGACCGGCCUCAGGAGGUGUUCGUGCGUAUCCAGCGGUACAGUGGGAAACAGACCUUCUACGUCACCCUGCGCUAUGGACGCAUCCUGGACAGAGAGCGUUUCACACAGGUGUUUGGGGCACAUCAGAUGCUCAAGUGAACAACUGGGACCUGGACCUCUGGGUAACCCUGGGUCGCCUGGAUUAACAGGAAGGCUGAGGGUGUGGACAAGGCUGAAGAAAGGGGAUUGGGUACUUGGAGACUUUGCCUGGGCCCCUGGGAACAUAUGUUUUGUGGUGAAGAAAUUCACAAGGCAAGAGCUGGUGUCCAGGUUUAGGAAAAAGGCUCUAAGCAAGUUCUUAUAGCACUUGUUUGUGACAUUGAGUCAGAUAAUGGCCAGAAGUUUUUGUUAAGAGCCAGUUCUUAGAAGAACCUAUGCCAAGGUCACCCAGACAGUCCAUUGGUGUGAAAUCGAAAGGCAAGAGGUGUGUCGGGGGAGCGUAGGAUUUGGAGUCAGAAGUCUUAGUUCUGUCACUUGUCCUGGGGCAGGUUACUGAGUCUCUUUGAGCCUUGGUUUUCACAUCUGUAAAAUGGAAAGUCCUACUUGUUUCAUGGGAUGGGUGUGGGAAUAAUAAAUGUCAAACGUGUGGCAGACUCAACAGCCUAGAGCAGAUAUUAUUAAGCAUUUGGUCAGAGGUUUUAGCAUGGAGAAAGGCUUCGAGCCGUCAGCGGGGACUUCCAGAGCCCUGUGCUGUGCCCCUCACAUACCCAGCGGCAGAAAGGUCUGCCAGGAUGUUAACUACACAUCGACAAGCAGAGAUGUCGUCCAGGUGAGCACGAAACCCCAGUUGAGAUUUGUUCACCACCCAGAGGUCUAGAGGCUCUUGCUGUGGAUGGCCCUGCAGUGUAAUAAAGCCAAAUGGACCGGA